AGGCAUCUUAUUAAUAAGGAGUUGUGCUGGGUACUUGCAGCAUUGGCAUAUCACAUGGCAUAUUUUAGUUUCUUUUUGCAUCGUUGAGAGAGCAUUCAUCCAAGAAGCACCGGAUACAGCGAGCUUGAAGUCGUCGCGGCGAGUUCUCUGUGACAGAGCGAGUUUCUCUACGCGGAAGCUUGCCACGCCCCCAUCGAAGACGCCAUUUUUGGCGGGCGUCUCCGUGGAAACACGCACUUGGAUAAUAGAAUACGCCAUCUGAUUGGUCAAUUUGAAUCUGCCGCCGCGGUCUAGAGAGACAGUGUCUUCUGUGGUAGAGUGUCCAGCUCUUAUCACCAGUACUAUUGCCAGCUGGUUAAGAAACACCUCCAGUCACCACUACUUGUGAAGUCUGCUCAAACCAUUCAUAGUACCUGGAAGAAUAGGUGACAGCGGAAUCCCUAGUAGAGGGAGGAGAGAUGGGGGUGGUGGUGCCAUGGGAGCACUGGGUGUGCUCUCAGUGUCUGCGGGAAAACCCUCAUGCUGUGUGGCUCAUCAAGCUGAGAUGUUUCAAACCACACCAACAUCGCCACCAGUAUGGGUGGUCACUUGCUUCAAUUGAGCCAAGUGCAAUGAGACUGGUCCAGAUGAGACAUCCUCCAGCAAAUAUUGAGAGAUAGAUGCACCCAUCCCACCUUGGCACGCAUGGGAAUAUUGCCCGAAAAGGGGUUCAUGCCUCUGUCCCCAUUCAGACGUGGAGUAUCACACAUGGGACUUCAUACGAACAGUUUUCAAAGAAAACACACUGAAAAGGUUACUACAACGUGCCAGACUUGUCCCCCAGUCCCCGACAGAUGUCUGUGUCAAGUGCUACGGCGGUGCCUCUCCGUUCUACAACACACGCUGGCUCACCUGGCUGGAGUGUGCCAAACACCCAGAGCACGAGGGCGAAAUGGGGGUAACGCUCAUAGUUGGAGACGAUCACAAAGUGGUCGAAGUUUUGGAGCUCCCGUGCAGCCUAUCAGGGUGCUCCCCCCAUGAGCUCAGUCUCUGUGAGAAGAUGAAGCAGCCAAGAGGCUGUCCUGAUGAAGUCAACUGCAAGAAUGCCCACACCAUGGAGGAACUGGAAUACUGGAAGUGGAGUUUGAUUCACAAAGUACUUGAAAAGGUUCCCAAUUACAGUGCCCUCAGAGAGAGGUACAGUUACACGCCCAAUGAGGUCUGGUUGAGUGCUACUCAGGUCGGUAUUGACCAAAAGCUCUCUGCUGAGAAUUAUGUCAACAAGUUUCAUCACCUUAUAUGCCUGGAUGAGAUAGCACACUGCCAAACAAUGGCAACUCUGUGCAAUGGCAUGGUCACAGUAAAGCAGCACAAGUGGUAUGAACGUUGGAAUCAUAAAGAGGUGUUAAUGCUCAAGUUGUGUGGAAUGGAAGGAGCUGCCAUGGAUUACGCUGUCCAUGGUCAUGCUGUAGUGCACAUUCCACUGGGCCAAUCUGAAAUUGAAUGCAAUGUUUUUCAAAGAGAUGCCGUAGAAGAUGCACUCCUAUUGCAUUUACCAAAUGUAAAAAUGCCUCCGUUGCCAAGAAAUCCUGUGUAUGUGCACUUUGAAAUAAAUCACAUGUACUUUGAUGGGCUGCAUAGUGCCGUAGACUAUCUUAACCAAUAUGCAGUGAGCAAGCUCUUUCCAAAUGAAAUUUUGUUGAAACAAGGUACAAGCGGAAAAUAUUUAACUCCAGCAGAAAAAGCUGCAAUAAAGGAGUUCACAUUGGAUAAGGAAUAUCAAAUAAAUGCACUACGGAGAAUGAUAUCCUCAGAUCCCAGAGUUCCAUUUUUAGUUAUUGGUCCAUUUGGCACAGGGAAAACCCGAAUCCUAGCUGCUGCAGUUUCUGCAUUGCUAUGUGACCCAAAGUCCCGUAUACUGGUCUGUACCUAUCAGCAUCAGUGUGCCAAUAGCCUAUACAAAAUUCUCUUCAAAAAUUAUCGCCACUGCAUAAUGCGUUUAGUGCCAAAUCAGCAGGCUGCAAAGGUUGCUACUUAUGAUUUAUCAGCAAGCAGACAAAGUACAAACGAAGAACUUGGAGUAUAUUUGCAACGCUACACCGGCAUCAAUGUUCUGCUUAAGAAAAAAGUGAUUGUAACGACAUUCCUCACGGCAACCAACCUAAAGAAAAAGGAGACAGAGCAUCAACAACUGCACUUCUCCCACAUCCUGAUUGAUGAGGGAGCCCAGGCCAGAGAGGCGGAGUCACUUGGUGCACUGGCAGUAGUCAAGGAAGAAACCAAAGUCGUAAUUGUUGGAGACCAUAAACAGAGUGGUCCCAAAGUGGCAGUCCUGAGUGAGCUGGCACAAGAGUAUGAAUUGGGCGUAUCUCUGCUGGAGCGUCUCUUCAACUUGUACAAAUCCAAAAGGAGUGGGGGCGGAAUUAAUAAUCACACAGCGUCCCUUCUCACCAACUACCGCUGCCACUCCAGUAUCCUGGCCUUCACCUCAAGCCUCUUCUACCAGCACACUCUCCUCAGUCGGAGCGCCAGUGAGACACACCCACUGGCUCCCUACCCACAGGUCUUCACCUGUACCAGCAUCGACAAGAACUCCAAGAAUCUCCCAGCUGAGGAUAGGCAUGAGGCGAGGGUGCUCGUGGAAAAGUUGGAGAGUUUUCGUCAGCCAAUGGCCAAGAAAUCAUCCAAAACAGAAAGUGGUGGUGUCGGCUUCAGCAAGAAAACAGGUUGAGUUACUCAAAGAAAGAGGUGACAGAGAAAGGGUUGAAUCGUGACAAACCGUGUGAGGUUACAGUCAUACCAACUUACCGCAUUCAAGGUAUGGAAUUUGAUGCUGUUUUCAUCAGCACUAUUGAGCCCACGAAAGAAAACGGUGAGCCAUUUGACCCAGUCAGGACCAUGAGCAAUGAGCUGGUGUUCAACACCAUCAUGACGAGGGCUCGCUCACUCAUCUACUGUGUCGGUAACCCUUUUACUCUGUGUGAAAUUGGAGAUAGCAGGUCCUGGAAGGCAUAUCUACAGAGAUGUGUCCAGUGCGAGACUCUGCAGUUUUCAAUUCCUAACCAAUUAAACCGAAAAGCAGAAGUAGAACUCGCCGCGAAAAAGCUCCAGAACAGUUUGCUUCCACACAGUGUCAUUGACGAGGCCACUGCUGUCCCUUUAACACGCGAAGCGGACAAGAUUAUCAAACAGUACAUGGAAAAGCUGAACCAAAGGAGAGAAUACAAAACUGGAUGCAAACUCGUGCAAAAGCCAGAAGGAAGAAUUGACUGGAUGAUGGAAGACGAACAGAGUGGGGAUGAAACAGUUAUUCUUUGCCGGCUGAAAUAUUCCAUGUACAACAAAGCAACUGCACUUCCAGUCGAUCCCUCUCAGCCUCCAAUCACAAUUAGAGGAAAAGAGAAUUUGAAGGGAUUUGAUGGAGACAAAGUAAAGGUGGACAGGGAAGGAAGGUGUGUCCUCUUUGAUGACAAGACGGAGAGAGCAAUAAGACAAACGCAUCAUGGGGAAUCCUUCC